CCCCAUCUUUAAUUUUGUAAACAAACAAUCAACAUUUUUCUUUCUACAUUACCGAAAAUCCCCAUUUUCGUGUCUGCGAUCUUCGUUUAAUUCCAUCCUUCAGCGUCGUCUCUUCCGUUUCCGUUUUCCGGUUUUCUUCCAAACUCAGAAAAGCACCUUCCACCCAACUGGGAUAGCCGGGCUCUGCAUCUACGAAGAGAUCCUUUCUAUUACUAUCAUUUCUAUCAUCCCUAGACGCGUCAAUCUCUCCCAUUUCUCUCUACAAAUCAUGUUGUUUCUUGCCCGCUGUUGUGUUCUGUGAUAGAUCACUCGACUCUGAGUCGGAAAUUAUUUGCUGAUACUGAAUCUGGGAAAGGUGAUUGUCGCGCCGGAGCCUGUUCUGAGAUCCCAUGGCUAGGACCAGAUCAUCUACGAGCAAAUGGAGGUAUUGCCACCCAUCGUAUUACCUGAAGAGACCCAAACGAUUGGCUUUUCUUUUAGUGGCAUUCGUUUGUGCUAGUUUACUAGUUUGGGACCGGCAGACUCUGCUCAGAGAACAUGAGGAUGAGCUUUCAAAGUUAAACUCUGAGGUGGUACGAUUGAAAAGUCUGGUAGAAGAAGUUAACUAUAAGUCACAGAAUACAAAUGCCAGAGUUAUUGAGGAGGCCAAGGAGGAGGAGGUUGAUGAUCCUAUUGAUGCUGAGCGAAGGGAGAAAGUCAAAGAAGCAGCACUUCAUGCCUGGAGUUCCUAUGAGAAGUAUGCUUGGGGACAAGAUGAGCUGCAGCCACAAUCAAAAAGCGGGAUUAAUAGCUUUGGUGGUCUUGGAGCAACGAUAGUAGAUUCUCUUGAUACAUUGUAUAUUAUGGGUCUCAAUGAGCAAUUCCAAAGAGCUAAAGAGUGGGUUGCAAACUCAUUGGAUUUCAACAAGAAUUAUGAUGCCAGCGUUUUUGAGACAACCAUAAGAGUUGUAGGUGGACUUCUCAGUGCAUACGAUCUCUCGGGUGACAAAAUUUUUCUUGACAAGGCUAGAGAUAUAGCAGAUAGGUUGCUUCCAGCAUGGGAUACCCCUUCAGGAAUCCCUUAUAACUUCAUAAAUUUGGUUGAUGGAAGACCUCAUAAUCCUUCAUGGACCGGGGGUUUUAGUAUCCUUGCAGAUGCUGCUACUGAGCAGCUUGAGUUCAUUUCUCUAUCACAAAGGACGGGAGAUCCAAAGUAUCAGCAAAAGGUGGAGAAUGUUAUCUCACAGCUCAAUAAAAAUUUCCCCGAUGAUGGGCUCCUUCCCAUAUACAUUGAUCCAAAUGAAGGAAAAGGCUCACAUGCAACUAUAACUUUUGGAGCCAUGGGCGACAGCUUUUAUGAAUACUUGCUCAAAGUGUGGAUACAUGGAAACAAAACUUCAGCUGUGAAGCAUUACCGGGAAAUGUGGGAGAAGUCAAUGAAAGGCCUUUCCAGCUUGGUUAGGAGGACAACGCCAUCAUCUUUCACCUAUAUUUGUGAGAAGAGUGGAUCUUCCCUCAGUGACAAGAUGGAUGAACUUGCAUGCUUUGCUCCAGGAAUGUUAGCUUUGGGAUCAUCAGGUUAUGAUUCUGAAGAUUCCAAGAAGUUUUUAACACUUGCAGAAGAGCUUGCUUGGACGUGCUAUAAUUUCUACCAGACAACCCCUACAAAGUUGGCUGGAGAGAACUAUUUCUUCUACUCCGGAGAGGAUAUGAGCGUUGGAACAUCUUGGAAUAUAAUGAGACCAGAGACAGUAGAAUCACUCUUUUACCUCUGGCGCCUGACUGGCAACAAGACAUACAAAGAGUGGGGUUGGAAUAUAUUUCAAGCAUUCGAAAAGAAUUCCCGGGUUGAAUCCGGUUAUGUCGGGCUGAAAGACGUGAACACAGGUGUGAAGGACAACAUGAUGCAAAGUUUCUUCCUUGCAGAAACUCUAAAAUAUAUCUAUCUUCUCUUUUCACCACCUUCAGUCAUUCCUCUGGAUGAAUGGGUGUUCAACACAGAAGCUCACCCUCUACGAAUUGUAACCCGAAAUGAGGGAGGAGAUGUUGAAAAAUCAGACGAGAAACGCAAGCCAUACUUUAGGCUGCGUGGCAGGAAGGAAGGUCGGUCUGAUUGAAUCACCCGUUUUAUUGCACUCUAAUUCUUGGUAGAGUUGAUUUUAUAGUUGAAAACCUCGAGCAUCCUAAUAUUAUUAUAGUUAUUGAGAUGAGAAGGGCAGUUGUUGCUUCUGGGAAUAAUGCAGCUCCCAUAUGUUUAGACAGAAUUUAUUUGUAAGAUGUAAUACUUAGAUAAAUCAUGAUAAGGGUUUUGUUUUUGUUUUCGUUUUCGUUUUC